CAAUAUCGUUGUUCAGAGAAAUCUCUCUCGAACAACAAGCUCGCCUCUGCUGUCUGAGGAUUCGUGAUCAUUUUCUCUCUCUAGCAAUAAUCAGGUGUCGUCUCCUAUCAGCAGGCAUGGCUGAGGAAACAGGUAUGUUUGUGGUAAAUCAUACUGUUGCUAGUAUAUUGUGUUGCAAAUGUGGUAUUCCAAUGGUACCAAAUGCUGCAAAUAUGUGCGUGAAGUGCUUGCGUUCUGAAGUAGACAUUACCGAGGGUUUACAAAAGCAUGUCAUUAUCGUACAUUGCCCCGAGUGUGAUUUGUAUCUGCAGCCACCGAGGACUUGGAUUAAGGCCCAACUAGAAUCAAAGGAGCUCCUGACAUUUUGUGUGAAGAGGCUGAAGAGUUUAAAUAAAGUUAGGUUGGUACAUGCUGAAUUUAUUUGGACCGAGCCUCACUCCAAGCGAAUCAAGGUCAAGCUGAGAGUCCAGAAAGAAGUUCUUAAUGGAGCAAUACUUGAACAAGCUUAUACUGUUGAGUAUGUUGUCCAAGAUCAAAUGUGUGAAUCUUGUUCUAGGGUUCAGGCUAACCCUGACCAGUGGGUGGCUGCAGUGCAACUUCGUCAGCAUGUUUCUCACAGGCGAACUUUCUUCUAUUUAGAGCAGCUUAUUCUUAGACAUGAUGCAGCAGUCCGUGCCAUAAGAAUUAAACAGAUGGAUCAGGGAAUUGAUUUCUUUUUUGCCAAUCGGAGUCAUGGUGUGAAGUUUGUGGAGUUCUUGGGUAAAGUUGCUCCAAUUAAGAGUCGUCAUGAUAAACAACUUGUGUCCCAUGAUUCCAAGAGCAAUAAUUACAAUUAUAAGUACACUUUCUCUGUUGAAAUCUGCCCAAUUUGCCGUGAGGAUUUGAUAUGUCUCCCUCCUAAAGUAGCCGUUAGUUUGGGAAGUCUUGGUCCUCUUGUGAUUUGUACAAAAGUGAGCAACAACAUAGCUUUACUGGAUCCAUUAACUCUGAAGCAUUGUUUUUUGGAUGCUGACCAGUAUUGGAGGACAUCUUUUAAGUCAUUACUUUCUAGUAGGCAGCUUGUGGAAUAUGUAGUAUUGGAUGUGGAUGUUGGUCGUAAAGAAGUUAAUGUUGGUGGUUCAAAGUAUGUUUUGGCUGAUGCCCAGGUAGCUCGCGUAUCGGACUUCGGGAAGAAUGACACAAUUUUCUCCAUAAGAACACAUCUGGGCCAUCUUUUAAACCCAGGGGAUUAUGCUCUUGGUUAUGACUUAUAUAGGGCUAACAGUAAUGACAUGGAACUGGACAAGUACAAAGGCCUUGUCAUCCCGGAAGUAAUAUUAAUAAAAAAGAGCUACGAAGAGAAGCGCCAGAGAAAGCGUGGGAAGCCUCGCGCAUGGAAACUCAGAUCUCUUAACAUGGAUAUUGAUGACACUGCUAAAGCCCGAGCUGAAGAAGAGAAGAAGAACUUGGAGUAUGAACAAUUCUUGAGAGACUUGGAGGAGAACCCUGAGAUGAGGUUCAAUAUCUCGUUAUACCGUAAUAAAGAAUACCAGCCAUCAGAGAUGGCAUCUGUGACUGAUGGUGAGGAUCUCCCUUCUGUGCCUUUGGAUGAGUUGCUUGCUGAUCUUGAUUUAAGUGAUGAGGAAAUGGAGGAUGGUAGCAUGAGUGAAUGAAUUGAUGCUGUUCAUUUCAGUCGCAAAAUUUUGCCAAAGUUAGUGGUUACUGUAAUACAAAGCAAUUGCAAGGUUUUGACAUCUAUGGAUGACGCGAACUGCAUUUACUUCUUUUUAGAGACACCAAUAUUCCCGUGAAGUGUGGUGGCUAAAGGUUUUAGAUUUGUAAUAUUUGCAGAUUGUUUGAUGAUCUUCAGCUUCACGGUUGGCCUUUUGAAUGUUAAAUGUUUUAUUUAUUAAAAAGUUUUAGUUAAGGUUUUUUAUUUGUAAUAUUUGCAGCCUGUUCGAUGAUCUUCAGCUUUCCGGCUGUAGUUUUGAUUUUAUGUUUUAUUUAUUAACAAGUUUUUGCUCA